AUGCCGAGAUUUGAGAUCAAACGGAAGGUGAGCACGAAAUCGACGCGAGUGAAGUGUGUCGAUUUCCAUCCGAAGGAGCCGUGGGUGUUAGCUGCGUUACACACCGGUUCGAUCUACAUCUUGAAUUACCAAACGAAGUCGAUAGUGAAGACUGUUGAGGUAGUCGAUAAACCGAUUCGCUGUGCGAGAUUUAUGGCACGGAAAGAGCAGAUAGUAGUAGGUUCUGAUGAUCGGAUGAUUCGUGUGUAUAACUACAAUACGAUGACUUUAGAGAAAUCGUUUGAGGCUCACAGUGAUUAUAUUCGAGACAUUAUAGUACACCCGACCCUUCCUUAUAUCUUGACAUGCUCUGAUGAUAAGACUAUUAAGUGCUUCAACUUCGACCAGAACUUUGCGGAGAUCAUGACAUUUACGGGACACGUCAAUGCGGUGAUGGCGCUUGCGUUCAAUCCUAAAGACCCGAACAUCUUUGCGUCUGCUUCAUUAGAUGGGACUGUUAAAGUGUGGGGCCUCAAUUCGAAUUCGCCUCAUUUCACAUUGGAAGGACAUGAGGCGGGAGUUUGCUGUGUAGCGUAUCUCCAGAAUGACACGCGCCCUUAUUUGUUAUCAGCUGGGGAAGACACUGUCAUCAGAGUGUGGGACUAUCAGACUAAAGCGUGUGUGAGUCAAUUAGAAGGGCACACGGAUGUCAUUUGGAGUUUGAAGUGCCAUGAAGACUUACCGAUCAUUGCUUCUGCGUCUGAAGACUCGACGGUUCGCAUUUGGAACAUUCAAACGAAUAAGAUCGAACGGGUCUUAAAUUACGAUUUUGAGAGGAAUUGGACGUUGUCCUUCUUUGGGAAUUUACUUGCGAUUGGAGCGGAUCAAGGCACGUUGGUGAUCAAAAUAGGGUCUGACGAGCCGACGAUUACGAUGGAUGGGACGGGGAAGAUUAUAUUGACGAAGCGACAAGAUGCGGUGCUGAUGAAUUGUAAAGGGAUGGAAGGAGCUGAUGGGGAGGCGUUAAGUCUUCCUGUGAAAGAACUUGGUGUAGUCGAUGUGUACCCGCAAACGAUUAAGUUCUCACCGAAUGGGCGAUUUGUAGCUAUAGUAGGGGAUGCUGAUUAUAUCAUUUAUACGACACUUGCGUGGAGGAAUGUGAAGUAUGGGAAUUGCAGUGGUUUUGUGUGGAGUGAUGAUGGGGGCUAUGCAGUCUUAGACAAUGGAGGGAAUGUGAAGAUCUUUAAUAACAAAUUUGAAGAAGCGGAGGGCCAAGUGUUACUUGAAGAAGCACCGGAAGCGAUCUUUGGGGGGAAUUUGUUAACAGUGAAAUACAAUGGGACGCUUGCGUUAUACACCUGGGAAGGCAAAUUUAUUACGGAGAUUCAAAUUAAUGCGAAGAAUGUGAAGUGGUCGGACACUGAUCUUCUUUCCAUCACUUCAGAAGGGAGUUACUUUAUCUUACGUUACAACGAGAAGGUAGUGAGGGACUUCUUUAUGAAGAAUAAGAAAGCGCCAGAAGAUGGGUUGACCGAAGCGUUUGAAGUGUUAAGUGAGAUACCUGAGACGGUGAAGAGUGGGGAAUGGUAUGGGGAUGCUUUCAUUUAUAUCAACCAUAACAAUUCCUUAUGUUAUUAUGUAGGAGCGUUCUGUUCUGUUAUCACCCAUUUAGAAGGGAAUAUGUUUCUGUUGGGAUACCUUCCUAAAGAGAAUAAAGUCGUCGUGAGUGAUGUGAAAGGAGAAGCCAUUGUGUCGUAUCAACUGUUAAAUGCACUGUUGGUGUUCCAAUCUGCCGUGUUACGUAAUGAUAAAGAGAAGAUUAAAGAAUUCUUGGGACUGAUACCAAAGGAAAAGCUCAGUGUUGCAGCUACAUUCUUAAAACAACAUAAUUAUCCCGAAUUGGCACUGUCGAUAUCGGACGACCCCGAAUUCAAAUUUGACUUGGCAAUGUCACUCAACAAAAUCGAGUUGGCUAGAGAAAUGGCGGAGAUCAUUAAUGACGACCAUCAAUGGAAAGAACUCACAAAAUUGUAUUUGGACGAAGACGAGAUCGAUGAGGCCGUCGAGUGCAUGUUCAAAGGAAACGACUGGAGCGGAAUCUUGUUGUUUGCAGUGUCUUUGAACGACGCAGAACUCGUCGAAAGACUCAUGAAAAUCACUGAGGAAAAGGAGAUCUGGAACAUUUGCUUCGUCUGCGCUCAUAUCUUACAAAUCAAAGAGAAGUGCGUCGAUAUCCUUCAAAAGACUAGUAGAUACCCAGAAGCUGCUAUGUACGCAGUCACUUAUGGCCUCCCUAAUGAACUCGCUAAGGACAUCGUCCAACACUGGAAAGACGAGUUGAAGGAAAUCUACCCAAAACAGGCGGACGCACUUGCUAACCCUCUCGACAACCCGGACCUCUUUGUUGUUAAUUCAGAGCAAUAA